CGAGUCCGACAUGGCUCUUCCGGCGCGACUCGAGCCUCACAUAUCACGCCCCCGCCCUGAGGGGAGAACCCGGAAGCACACGCCCCCGCCCCUUUCCGCCGGAAGUACUCAAUCGAAGAGAACAAGCCUCGCUAGACUGCCACCUGAUCAUAGAAACUCGAACAUUCACGCCCGGAUUCGCGCGAUAAAUCGGUCAAAAUUCCCGGGGGAAGAGGCGCUGCAAAGGCACUCUCUAGAGAAAGCCGGGAUAGUUGAGGUCCAGCGCCCCUGGAAAAAGCCCGGAUGGGGAAAGCUACGAGAGUCUCGCAGCCCUUUGCGGGUUAACGACUGUAUUGCAGAUAGCUUUCCAGACGUCGGUGAACUACAGCUCCCAGCGUCCCUUGCCAUCAGCGGGAAUUGGCCUCUGGGAGGGGUAGUUUUCCAUCGGCCCAACACAGGAAGGAGUGUAACCAUAGAACUAUGAGGUCUAGAGCGGUCACAGCUAAACUCGAUGGAGAACGGGCGAGAGCGGCCUUACCGGAAGCAGGCCUGGCACCGCUCUGGGCCCGCUAAUCUGUGGCGCCGGCGGCGGGAUGCCGCGGUUGAGGCGGCGGGAUGGCGGAAGGUGGCGGCGCGUCGCCGCCCGAACUCGGGCGCCCUCUUGCAGCAGAUCCUGGGCCUCCGCUUGACCCCACGCGUGGGCAACGCCACCGGCACCACCUGCCCCGCCGCGCUCUGCCACUUCUCAGAGAUGUGGUAUGGCGUCUUCCUGUGGGCCCUGGUGUCGUCUCUCACCUUCCACAUCCCUGCAGGACUGCUGGCUCUUUUCACCCUCCGGAGGCACAGAUAUGGCAGGUUCAUGCCAGUGAGCAUCUUCCUGAUGGGGCUAGUCGGGCCGUUAGCUGCCGGGACCUUAACAAGUGCUGCAAUUGCUGGGGUCUACCGAGCUGCUGGGAAGGAGAUGAUCCCCUUUGAGGCCCUGACUUUGGGAGUGGGACAAACCUUCUGUGUGGUGAUGAUUUCCUUCUUACGGAUUUUGGCUACUCUGUAGCCCCUCCUUGGUCCUGGAAGGCCACCGGAGGAGCAUCACCUGGGAAUCAUGGACUAGGAGAUUCAAAAGGGCAAGAAUCGCCACGAAGAAGUUCUGUGCAAGACCCCCCGAGAGAAAGAAAGCGUCACAACAGCUUCACUCAACUGUGGCUUCAGUUCUUUCACAAAGACUUGUUCGGAAGAAACCUUGCCCUGGAUUGAGGCAAUUGGUCUCCCUGAAGCACCCCUCUCAUCUAAGGCCAGACAGCCAAAAAUAGUCAAGGAGCUGUGGGUCCCUCUGUGCGUCAUCAUCCCAGCGCAAACUUGGCUGCUUUCAAGCUGCACGUUGUCUGCAUUCUGAUGCAGCUGGAGGGAUUCUCCUCGGGCUAAGAAUAAGAAGGGGGUGACUGGCAGAAAAGCAGAGACCACGCACUGUGGAAACGUUCACACUCGCUGCUGUUGGUGAACGAGCGUUCAGGCUCUGGGGCUGAAACGGAAACCAAUUCUGUGUUUAUAAUUUGUGACAUUUUUGUACCUGAAGUGCCAACCUGAGCGUCUCUGUUACUUUUUAAGUACGCUUAUCUGGUUUUAGGUUGGGGGAAUGAUGCGGGUUUGACUCCAGGGAAGCAGUGGGUUGGGGAGACGGUUCUGUGUUACUUGAAGCCACCCUGCCGUGGUUCCGCUGAGGCAACUUUGCUCCUGAAUGGGGUUCCUGCCGGAGAGCUUCACCAGGAUGGUCUUGAAGCCUUUCCUAGGGAAGAAUGGGCACAGGAGGCAGCCUCGACCCGCCCCUCCGAUGGGAAGCAUUCUGCCUCCCUGUUAGUGCUGAGACAAAGAAGGAAAAUUCUCUAUUGCUACCUCAAGGGCGCAGGAUGGGUUUGAAACGUAAUUCUGCUGGCAGGUGGUCACCACAGGGGACAGAGGAGCGGAGGCGAGUCCAGGAAAUGCAUUUCUGAAAUCUGGGGUGCUGUCUUUUAAUUUAUGUCCUGUAGAUGCGUUUUGAAAUGUACAUGAAGAGUGUCAUCAUUAUUGCUGGGUGUGUUUGAAAAAAGGAAGAAACGGACUGCAGUUUUGGGUGCGCUUGUACAGGAGCCCUCUGCUUCCUGCAGGCAAAGGCUCAGACUGCACGGGGAAGCCAACAAGUGCCUGGGCCACGUUGCCCUUCCUCCUGGGAUCAGUCUUGCAACCCAUCAGUGCCCUUUCCCAGGGGCAGCCAUGUGCUGCUGCCAGAGAUCCCGGGAGCUCACCAGUCUGCCUUGUGGAGGCAGAUCCCAACGCAUUUCCCCUGAGGGCAUGACAGGAUUCAUUUGCCGGGAGGAAGGGAGGGCAUUUGGGGUAGAGCUGUUUGGUCUCAGAAUACGGAUGGGAUGUGCUUGUUUAGACCCCCUCAUUUGUCAGAAAUAUGAACCCGCCCUCUCUAUCCAGGAACGUUCAUGGCUCCCUACCCCCCACCCCCACCCCAAUUCUUGUGAAGCUUCCUGGAUGUUUUUAAAAAUGAUUAUUUGGGUGGGUUCUGAAACCCAUUUUCCUCUGGGCUUGACUGACCCAUUUUUAAAGAAUAAAUCCUCUGUAUCACAGGUGGGUCACCUGCAGGCCCCCCCCCUCCUUUUUGUCACUGCGAAGCAUUCUUCCAGCUGCAGUUGUCAAAAGUGAGGGGUGCGUGCUUUUUACCACUUUACGACACGACACAUGCCAAAAAUGUAGUGUGCAUCUUAAAAUGGGCUUAACACAGUUGAAAAACACCCCCCCCCGGAACCUUGCCUCUGCUCACAGGUGAUAGGGCUCUUCCUGUUCUGCCGUAUUCCCACUCACUGUGCCCUCCCCCCUCUUUUAAGUGCAUCUUACAGCUCACAAAAGGUUGCCCAUCAAUAUGUUUUAAAUGGUGUGAUUGCUCUCGUUUUUAAUGUAUUAAUCAUGAUUAACUGGCCAGAUUCUCAAAGCACAUCAUGAUCAUUCAAACCCUUGAACUGUAGCUUUCUUAUGCCUAUGAGCUGGUUGACUCUGGUAGCUCUAAUUUGAUUGUUACCUCCCUUGCACUGGCAAAUGUGACUCAAAUCAUUGUUCUCUUAUUUUAAACUUUCACUUUAGUUUUGCCCCGCCUUUCUAAUUUCCUUCUUGAGACAGAAGCUUGAGGAGGUAAAAAUGUCCUUUCUUCUUCCUCUGUCUCCUGAACUCCUUCGAUUGUUUGCACUCAGCAGUUGGAAUGCCGGCUUUAGUGAGCAUGAAGGACAUGGCCUUUUGGCUAAGGAUAAACCAAGUCAGGAAGAAUGAGAUCUGCAAUCUCAUUAUUACGCAGCAGCAGGGAGCUUGGUGAAACUUGAAAAGGCAAGAGUGAAACCCCACUCUUCCUAAUCCAAAUGUAGUAGCAGGACUGGAUGUUCUGUUACUGCUUUACCAGACACUGUCCCUUGCGACAUAAACACCUUGAAUUACAAUGGAAGCUGAAGGAGGGUCACGCCAAAUAAUGCAGUGGCGGGGCGGGUUGUUAGGAGCUCCCACAAACUCGGGUUUAAGGAGGGGGCUGACGGACUCCUCUCUCUCUGCAGCAAUUUCCUUUGAAAACCUGCAACAGUGAGCCUGUCGUCUUGUCAACAAAUGCCCAUCACGUGUGCAUGCCACUGACCGCUGCAGCAUAUGCAAACCAAUCUUUGUAUGGAGGGAGAAUAAAUCUCCUAAUACUGGUUUUUAUUUUUCUACUGACAUUUCUGAUUCUAGCAUUGAUAUUUUAGCUAAUAAAAUCCCGGCUAAGUCUUGUGAA